UCCGAUGUCUAUAGUAUCGGAGUUUUGAUGUGGCUUAUUUCAAGUGGAAAAAAACCAUUUUAUGAUGAAGAUGACGCAAGAAUAUUAAACUUAAGAAUAAUCAAUGGAGAAAGAGAAACAAAAAUUAAAGGUACUCCUAUUGAAUAUAGCAAUCUAUAUGAACGAUGUUGGAAAUAUGAACCCGAUGAACGUCCAAGUAUACAAGAUGUUGUUUCAACUCUUAAAACGGUUAUUUCAAAACAAAGUGAGAUGGAAGAUUUGCAAAAUCAAAAUCCUGCUCAUUCGGAUACAAUAGAUCCUUUAAAUAAUUCAAAUAAUUCCUCAAUUGAAACUAAUUUAUCAAGCUCGAAGAGUACGGUCCGAGGAUUGGAACGUUCUUUGGGAUUAUGA